ACAAUUCCGACUGCAAGCACAACAUUGCAUUUUUUUUACUAGAAAAAUAAAUAAAUUUUAGGAAAAUUAUGUGAAAUUUGUUACUCUGAUAUAGUGAUUACAACAAAUAAUGUUUUAUUUGUAAGAAAAUCGUAAAUACAUGCAAGUUUAGUAAAAAAAAAAAUCAAGUGUUGGGGAAAACAAUGGAUCCUUUGAUAUUCUUUGGCGUAUUGAUUGCCAUAUAUGGUGUAUUGUUUUUCUUUGAUCGUUUUUUCAAGAGUUGUAUGCACUAUCCUUAUGAUGCCUUUUUGAAGAAUACAGGUGUAACUAUACAAUUUUUAAGGCUAAAAUGGCAUACGACGGCAUUUAAUCGUUUAGUGUUAAGACUGGGUAAUAGUGGUGGUUCCUGUUGUCGUAGUUGGUUAAGCAAAUCCUUUACAGUGGGUGUCUUAAUAGCUUUAUCUUUAGUGCCAGUUGGCAUUAUUUUAUUAUUUAUAACGAUUUUUGGUGGUGGCAGUGGCAGUGGAGCUGGGCAGCAGCAGGAUUUUACAGGUGGCGGCUCUAAAAUUUUAGAAAAUUCUUCGAAAACUCAAACUAUAAGUUUGGAAAUUUUAUUGCCGGGUGUUAAUUUACCCCUGGAGGAAAUUGGUUACUAUGUAGCCACUUUACUGAUAUCAACCGUGGUCCAUGAGCUGGGCCAUGCUAUAGCGGCGGUGCUGGAGGAUAUACCGGUGACUGGUUUUGGCUUUCAUCUUUAUUUUUGCUUGCCCAUAGCCUAUACCGAAAUAUCCUCGGAACAUUUAAAUGCUCUUAAAUGGCUGAGAAAACUGCGUAUUCUAUGUGCUGGUAUUUGGCACAAUGUUGUAUUUGCCGCCUUUUGUUAUUUAUUGCUGUCUACGUUGGGCUUUGUGGCUGCUCCUUUGUAUAGUCUGAAUAAAAAUGUUAUUGUCACCCAGGUAACGCAACAAUCACCUUUAAGGGGCAAAGCUGAGCGUGGUUUAAUGGAGGGCAAUAUUGUAACACAAAUCAAUGACUGUGAUGUUUACAACGAGGACACCUGGUUUUUGUGUCUGCUAAAGGCUCUAAGGUCUAAACCCGCCUUUUGUGUUUCCUCCGAUUUUAUACGUUUAAAUGAUGAGAGCAUAGAGAUAUCACAUCACAGCUCGGAUGGCACUUUACAGUGCUGUGACGAUAAAAAUGCCAAGCUCUGCUGUUUCGAGUAUAUAGAUGAUUUUAGCAAUGAUGCACCGGUGGAGAUACCACAACAUGUUUGCCUGGAUGUCAGGCGUACCAUGGAGGAUUCUUAUGGCUAUUGCUCCCAUGCAGGCACUUGUGAGCGGGGAUUUUGUCUAAGACCUUUGCUGCGCAACAGCACCACCAUUAUGAUAUUUAAACGUGAUUAUUCAGUUUUACAACAGCAGGCUGUGGAAAAACCGUCUGCGCCGCCUUUGAAAAAUGUUAUUUAUAUGGGUCAUCCUUUGGAUGUAACACACAGUGUACGAAUUUCGCCUUUUGUUCCCAAACAUUCGUACAUCAGUCCCAAAUGGUGUGAUUCAUAUCAAUUGUUCCUGAAAUAUAAUAUAGUUUUUAGUCUGGGUUUGGCAUUCAUAAAUGCCAUACCCUGUUUUGGUUUCGAUGGCUAUCACAUAACCAAUACCAUUGUCAAUAGUUUUCUAGUCAACCGUAUAACGGAAAAACCCAAACGCGAUGUUAUUUCUCUAAUAGUCACUGGCAUUGGCUCUUUACUUUUCGGUUUGGCUGUACUCAAGGUGCUAUGGCUGAGUCUUUUAAGGUAUUUAUUUUAAAGUAAUAGAAAUUGUUUAGCACAUAACUAAAAAAAACUAAGUAAGCACAUACAUACAAAAUCUGUAGUUUGUAGCUAAAUACAUAAUUGUUUAUGUACCAUAGUUAAAUAUAUAAUCGUAAGCUUGUGUAGUGGUUUUGUUAUUCAAACGCAAAUAGUAUAAUAUAAAAUAUAUUUAUAAACACAGUAAAGAGGCAUAACUCUAACCCGUAUGUGGGGAGGUUAGGCAUUAAAAUGAAUCUGCAAUGAAAGUUAACAAUUACACUUACAUAGAUAUUUUUGUAGAUUUUGAAAAAUGACAAAAAAGAAAAAUUGGAUAAAUAGUUUCAUAUUGUUAAAUAAUGCAUGCAUGACAGACAAACAAAUAAACAAGCAGCGAAUAAUUUUAGUUAUAAGUCUACACAUAUUGUAAAUUUAAUCAAAAUUUAUAAACACCAAAAUAAACGAAUAUUAUAACAAGGUUUUAUGUAUAAUAAAUAGCGACAAAAUUAUCUUUUAGCUAAAGACCUGGAAAAAUCCUAUAUAUUCUACAAGUGAAGCAAACAUAAAAAAAUACCUGACUACCGGAAAGAAGACAAAAACUUUAUGUCACUGUUUGUGAGCAGAUCAAAAAAUCCGGUAAACAUGGGUAUUUUUAUUUUUGCGUUUUCAGAAUGUAUACGAAUUUUUAAUGACUUGGGCAGUUACAUAGAAUUAAGUUGUAAAUUUAAUAAACAAAAUAUUAAAAAAAUGCUUCAUUUUAAAGGCAUUUAUUUGAUAUACACAUUAAACCCUUCCUAAACUCCAAAUGAACACUCGCAUAAUUUCAUAUUUUCGGAAUAUUUCAUUAUUUUCUGAGUUUGAGAGAUAUAAAACAUUUUUACAGAAUAACAUUGAAGUUAAAUUUAAAAGAAAAUUAUAAAUUUUGACUUGCAUUAAAUGGGUGAUGUUCAAGACAACAGAAGUUGUAACUGUAGAUAUCUAAAUGCCGUAAUUUAUCCUUAAAAAUGUUUAAAUCAAUUCAUAGGUUUUGUAGGAUUGCACAAACAAAAAAUGUUUUCGCUUAAAUCACACAAGUGUUUCAUGUAAUUUUUGCUAUAUUAAAACAAUUUUAUUGAGAACAAAUAUUAAUUGCGUUAUACUGGAAAGGAACGGAGUCCUCAACUUACCGAAUAAGAACUGCCAAUUCAGCAAUAUAGGUGCUGGUACACAUAUAAAGGUAUACACUAUAUCAGAUAUAAGCGGUAUUUACAGAAUAUAAAAGAAAAUUAUAUAUAAACGCAAAUAGCACUAACAAUAAUUGAGUUACCGAUUGAUUUUAAUUUAAAAAAAAAACACGGAUAAAAUUUGUAAAUUAAUUUCAAUAAAUGUUAAUUUAAAAUAACACAAUUUAAAAACUUUACCUAAAUAACUGCUAUUCGCAAUUAAAUUUAAAUAUUUAAAACAGAAAACUUAUUUUAUCCGUUAACAUUACACACACAUUUCAAAAGGUUGUAUUUUAGUUUAUAAUUUCUUCUCCAACUAUGUAAAAUCCCCCGGCUAAUUUUAUAAUAAACUGCUUGUUUUAUGUAGCCUUAAAAAAAUACAAAACAAAUUAUAUCGAAAUAAAAUAUAAAACCAAAACAAUUAUUAAACCAA